AUGCUUAUCAAGUGCGCUUCUCAUAGCCCCGAGGCUAAAGAGGAGCAACACUCCCGAGGAAACCCAACCGUCGAAGUGGACCUCGAAACGAACGUCGGGAUCUUCCGAGCCGCAGUUCCAUCAGGAGCAUCCACAGGAAUAUAUGAAGCUUUGGAGUUAAGAGACAAUGACAAGAGCAGAUAUCUAGGAAAAGGUGUACAGAAAGCCAUCAGCAAUAUUAAUGGGCACAUAGCACCCAAGUUGAUUGGCCUGGAUUGUACGGAGCAAAAAAAAAUCGACAACAUGAUGGUGGAAGAAUUGGAUGGAAGCAAAAAUGAAUGGGGAUGGUCUAAGAGUAAAUUAGGAGCAAAUGCAAUUUUAGCAAUUUCCAUGGCUGUAUGUAGAGCUGGAGCUGCCGCAAAUAAGGUAUCCUUGUACAAAUACCUAGCCCAGUUGGCAGGAAAGAAGAAUGAUCAGAUGGUUUUACCUGUCCCUUGUUUGAAUGUAAUAAAUGGAGGAUCCCACGCUGGCAACAAAUUGGCCUUCCAAGAAUUUAUGAUAGUCCCAGUUGGUGCCCCAAACUUUAAGGAAGCAUUAAGAUACGGAGCAGAAGUAUAUCAUACGUUGAAGUCUGAGAUUAAGAAGAAAUACGGUAUUGAUGCGACCAAUGUAGGAGAUGAAGGAGGAUUCGCUCCCAACAUAUUAAAUGCCAAUGAGGCUUUGGAUCUUUUAGUCAGUUCCAUUAAACAUGCUGGCUAUGAAGGAAAGGUGAAAAUCGCUAUGGAUGUUGCUGCGUCGGAGUUUUAUCAAGGUGAUACAAAGACUUAUGACUUAGAUUUUAAAACGCCAAACAAUGACAAGUCUAUGGUAAAAACUGGAGCUGAGUUGGUCAAUCUAUACAUCGAUAUGGUAAAGAAAUAUCCCAUCAUUUCGAUAGAAGAUCCAUUUGAUCAGGACGACUGGGAGAAUUAUGCCAAAUUGACCGAAUCCAUUGGUAAGGACGUCCAGAUUGUAGGAGACGACUUACUAGUUACUAACCCUACGAGGAUUACGAAAGCUUUGGAGAAGAAAGCGUGCAAUGCUCUUCUGCUGAAAGUGAAUCAGAUAGGUUCCAUCACCGAAGCUAUUGAGGCUUGCUUACUAUCACAGAAGAAUGACUGGGGUGUUAUGGUUUCUCAUCGAUCUGGAGAGACAGAAGAUGUUUUUAUUGCUGAUUUGGUUGUUGCCCUCCGAACUGGACAAAUCAAAACGGGUGCUCCUUGUAGAAGUGAGAGGAAUGCCAAAUAUAAUCAGCUGUUAAGGAUUGAAGAGUCCCUUGGAAGCAAUGCCCUUUUCGCCGGAGAGAAGUUUAGGCACCAAUUAAGUUAA